CAUGCUUCCCGUCAUCUUUUUCCUUUUAUUAUGAAUUCAUGAAUUUUAAUUUAUUAGUGAAUUUUUGUAGACCAGCAACCUGACAAUUCGUUUAUAAAAUAUGUAUUUUGUUAGUGAUUUUUUGAAGAAAAAAAAUAAUACAGAGAUACACUAUGCCCAAAAAAUAGAAACUAAAUGACGUUGCAAUCGUGAUAGUAAUAUGGUAAAUUAAGAAUUCCCAAAAACCAGUUCCUGCCUUUUCCUUAAGAACUGUCUGACAAGGUCAAUAGUUCUGCCUAUGCUCUAGGCCAAAAUUGCCUGGAUAUGUUGUCCCUUUUCAUUAUCUUGGUUUCAUGUGGAAGCAUAGCUGUAGAAUGUCAUGAUUGUGGAAUUAGAUAUGCUUUGAAUCGUUAUGAACCUGCUAUAUCGUUUGGUGGAAAAACUCUUCGUUCAGAAUUUCCUUGGCAUGUAGCACUUUAUCGAAAGUACCAUACUGAUGAAAGUCCUGACUACAUUUGUGGAGGAAGUAUACUUCACCCAAAAGUUAUAUUGACUGCGGCUCAUUGUAUUUAUAAUGAAACCUACUCUGCAAUAGAAAAUGCUACUUUUUCUGUAAUAGCUGGGAAAUAUUAUGUCUCAUGGAAGCGCAAAGAUCCAGGUGAACAAAGAUUUGAGGUACUUAAAAUAAAAUUUCCUGAAACAUAUGUGGGAUUCACAAAUAGAUAUGCUGAAGAUAUUGCUCUACUUGAAUUAAAUGCACCAAUAAAUAUUACCAGUGCAAUUAUGCCAGUUUGUAUUGAUUGGAAUUCCAAAUAUUUGGUCGAACAACUGUCCACUAUUGGAACUAUUGUUGGAUGGGGUCUAACAGAAAAUAAUACUGUGAGUGAUGAGUUACUGAUGGCAAAUCUCGAAUACAUAGAUUUCAUAAAAUGCAGAGAUAGAAUCUCAGAAGGUUUUUCAUUUUUUAUUACUUCUGACAAAUUUUGUGCAGGCGUUGAUAAUGGCACAGCAGUAGAGCAUGGUGAUAGUGGUGGUGGAUUAACGUUCCCACGAAACACGACUAAUAAUAAAGAACAGUAUUAUUUAUAUGGCAUUGUAAGUGUAAAAGAUGUUAGUAGAAAUAACAUAGCUGCAUUUACAGACAUUAGGAAACAUCUCCCAUGGCUCAACAAAACUCUCUUAUCAAUAACAGAACCAUGGUUAUUUGAAAAAAGUUGCCCUCCAUUUUCUCCAAAUUCAUUUUCACUAGAACAAUGUAAUUUGAAUGGGACAUCUGUUGAUUGCAAUAGUGGUGCAAAAUUAGGUACAAAAGCAAGACUACAUUGUAAAAGCAGUUAUUAUACUGGCUCUCCAUUUAAACUUUAUACUGAAGCGGAGUGUUCUGCAGGAUUGAAAUGGCUACCGUUACCCGAAUCGUGCUUAGAUUGUGGAAAGAGGUACAGAUUUAAUCGAAUACAACCUUUGGUUAAAUUUAAACAAAGAACGGUUUCUGAAUAUCCAUGGCAUGUUGCCUUGUAUGAUAAAGGAAAGAGAUUGGAUGAUUUGUCAGCUAUUUGUGGAGGCACCAUUAUUCAUCCAAAGGCUGUGAUUACAGCUGCCCAUUGUGUAUAUCUUGAUAAGCUUCAAAAUGAAACAAAAUAUUUAGUUGCUGCUGGAAAAUACAGAAUUAAUUCAAAAGAGCAAGAAUUAGGCGAACAAUGGUUUCAGGUCAAGAAGAUAUAUACUACAGAUACCUACAAAGGUCAAAUUUUGCAUUAUAAAGAUGACAUUGCAAUUUUGGAAUUGAAUGCCACAAUAAAACUCUCUGAUUACAUUAUGCCUGUAUGCAUGGAUUGGGGAGGAAAAUUGGAUUUGUACAAAAAUCCUCUGGUUCUGGGAACGGCUCCAGGUUGGGGCUUCACAGAAGAUGAAAAAUUAAGUUUGGAAUUAAGAACUUCAAAACUUACUUAUGCAGAUGUAUCACACUGUCUUACAAUGGUUCCAGGUGGUUUUAGGAGAUACUUCCAAGAAGAUAAGUUUUGUUCUAUUGCUCGUGAAGGUUCAAUUCCGGAUAAAGGUGACAGUGGCGGAUCACUAACUUUUCCAUAUUAUAACAAAGAAACUAGAGAAGAAUUAAAUUAUUUAUAUGGAAUUGUUUCAGUGAAACCGCGUGAUUCGGAUGAUAUAAUAGCAUUUACUAAUGUAACAUAUCAUUUAAAGUGGAUAAAAACUGUUCUGUUAAAUAUAAUAAACAACAGUGGUUCAUGAUUGAUAUUUUAUAUUCAAUUAUACAAACUAUGUUUGUAUUAUUUUACCAUUGGAUACAUAUUUUGUAAUAAUGUUUUCUCUUUUGAUUAAUAUCAAUUUUUCAAGUUGUGUAUUUAUUAUGUAACAUUGAAUUGCAACCUUAACUUUAAACAAAUCUUCCUUUUUAUUUAUAUAAACAAUGCUGUUUUAGUUAUAUAAACAAUGGUACAAAGCUUUUGAACUAUUAUUCACCAUUGUUAAAUGAAUCCUAAUAUUAUUAAAAUAAAAUUAAGGAAAAUAAUGGAAAUCGAGUCACCUUCCUUCAUCCAAACAUGGACGCACAAUAAUUUAAUAAUGCUAUCUAUUUUUAAAAUAUGAGGGGGAAAAAAUUGAAUUUGACAAUGAUCAAAACAAGUAGCCAAUUCUUACAUGUUUGAAAAAGUAUAAAUUUGACUGAAAUGUCAAUUUGGUUGGCAGGCAAGUUAUUUAGUGUUGUUUAUUUUAGCAAAUGGACCACUGUUUUCAAAAAUAGUUUAACUCAAUUUUAAGUUAGUUUAAAAGAGUUUGUCCAAUUAGUUUAAUUUGAAUCUGACUGAACACCAAGCAUAGGAGACACUAAGAUCAAAUGUCAAAUCCUGCUUCCAAUGAGACACAGCUAAUCCUGUGCCCCUCUUUCAUGACUAUGCAGUAGGUGUUCCUGAAGAUGCCAACUUUAUAAAUUAUAAAAUACUAAUAGUUUUUAAAAAGUACAUGUUAUUUAAAAUAAAAAACUAUUACUCUGUU